CGGGCCACGAACAGUGAAACUACCGACAGUUAUUCAAGACAUAACUGCAGCUUUAAUGGGAAUGGUGGCAAGACUCGAAUUAAAAAGAAAAAGUCUUAAAAAUACGUCGACACUUCAUUUCGAAAUCCAUUCAAAAUGUUGAGGAGAAUGCUAGUAACAGCGGCCGUGUCUGGACUCGUGUUUGCUCUAUGCGUUGUGUCCUUCCCUCAGUAUGCUCCUGAGGCGCCACCACAGGUGUACGACUACAAGUGCGAGUCCACCGAGAACGACCCCGACGCGGACUGUAUCUUCGGAGUUGCCGGACAGGACUACCCAACCCUCCACCAGGUUCCCACGACCUCCUUCCAGUGCCAGAGCCUCCUGCCGGGGAUCUACGCUGACCCCGACGCCGCGUGCCAGGUAUACCACAUGUGCCUCCACGACGGGAAACUUCACUCGUUCCUCUGCCCGAACGGAACCGUCUUCAACCAAGAGUAUUUCAUCUGCGACCUGUGGUUCAACGUGGACUGCGCUCGGGCUAAGGACUUUUAUUCCCUCAAUGAAUACAUCUAUAAGGAUCCUGAACCUAAGGAAGCCAAGAUUAGUUACGUGUAAGAAUGCUUCGCUCGUCCCAAUGCACCGAAGCCGACGAAGCAUUUUCGAAACAGAGCGCUGAGUCGGAUUUCCGUAUGUUUGAGCGAAUGGAUAUUAUAAUAUAUAUAAUGUGUAUGUAUGUAUUGUAUGGAUUAUUAUACCAAUUCAUCUUGUCUUCAUGAAUGUAUGUUUUUUUUUUUUCGUUUUUCUCUUUUCUUUUCUUUUCUAUUCGGUUUUUGUGGAUAUGUUUUUCCUGUUGCUUCACGACGAGAGAGAAUCUCAUCAUCUUUAAAAAGUUCCUGUGUUUAGCUAUAUCAUUUCAGUUAUUUUGCAAUACAUAGCAUAUCGAAUCUCCUUUAUUUUCUCUAUCGAUUUAGCAUAUAAUCAAAGUGCUAAUUAUCAGCCAAGAAAUAAUAUAUAUCAUAUAAAUGGAACAAUAACAUAUCACUCCUUUGUUAAGAUAGGCUGGUAUUCGCAUGUUUUAUCCCUGGUUCUGUGAUUCUUUGUAUAAAAUAAAAACAAAUCAAACUUCAUCAAACAUCAAAUUUGAAAGUAAUAUUUGUUCACGAAAAUAUCGUUUGUUCAUCGCUGAACGAAUGCUGCUUCUUUGCUGUGCCAAGAAAAGUUAUUUUUGUCAUUGCGCAUAAAAAUUGGAUUCUUAUAUUCAUUUCUCAUCAGCAAACUGAAUGUUAUUGUUUUCAAUUUUAUUAUUAUCACUAUUAUUAUUACUUGUAGUAUAAAUCUAUUAUUUUAUUAUUAUUAUUAUUAUUAUUAUUAUUAUU